AUGGCCGCCAACCUGAGGCGCCGCUUGGAGCAGUUCCUGCACGAGCAGAACCGCCUGACCGACCUGCUGGCGCGGCUGGAGGCCAAGAGCUGCGUGGACCGCUGCUACAUCGCGCUCGGCGUCGCGGCGCUGGUGGCGCUGUACCUGGCGUUCGGCUGCGGAGCGUCGCUGCUGUGCAACCUCAUCGGCUUCGGCUACCCGGCCUACGUCUCAAUCAAAGCCAUAGAGAGUCCCAACAAAGAAGAUGACACGCAAUGGCUCACCUACUGGGUGGUGUACGGAGUGUUCUGCAUCGCUGAGUUCUUCUCAGACCUCUUCCUCUCAUGGUUCCCCUUCUACUACAUGCUCAAGUGUGGCUUCCUGUUGUGGUGCAUGGCCCCCAGCCCUGCCAACGGUGCUGAUCUCUUGUACAAGCGGAUCAUCCGGCCCAUUUUCCUGAAGCACGAGUCCCAGGUCGACAAUGUAGUGAAAGACCUGAAGGACAAAGCCAAAGAGACUGCGGAUACCAUCACUAAAGAAGCCAAGAAAGCGGCUGUGAAUUUACUGGGUGAUGAGAAGAAAAGCACCUGAGCCCGAGGACCCGCCGGAGGACCCUGCAGCCACCCACCAGACCGCCCUUCCCGUCCUCUCCGAACCUUCCCCUUAGAGCUUGAGAUUCCAUUAGGGAUGCGGGAGAUCCUUUCAGUAACUUUGCCUUGGAAACAUUUGGUAUAUUAGAAAGAGUGUGUUGUCUGCUUACUGUAACUGUCUGUACCUAAGGAACAUUUUAACUUAAACUUGUUGCGAGGGGCAAUGUCCAAAGUAUUAGAGAAA